AUGGCAACACCCAACAGUUAUAAACAAAACGCAUCAAUGUCGAUGCCAAGUCCUCAAAACAACCCGCACUACAUGAUUGCGGGGGCACCAAUGAGUUUCGGUAUGAUGAAAGGCGGUAUGAAUGCACCGCCUCACCAUAACCAAUACCAGUACCACCCACAAUACCAGGGUGGGCCAAUGGGCCACCCAGGAUACGGGUGGCAACCACAGCGUUUUGGUGCAGAGAGUGCAAGGCGGGCCACGUCAGGGUCAAGCCAAGCGGCCCAAAGUGGAAAAGAUGAUAAAACCAGUCCAUUUGUAUCUACGGUUCAUUCUCAUCCUGGAUUCCAACCACAAAAGAUUGGGAAGGGGCUUGGUGGGAGUGCUGGAUUACCAAAGCCCCCAAAACCCCCAGAAAAGCCACUUAUGCCAUACAUGAGGUACUCCCGCAGAGUAUGGGACACGGUAAAAGCGGCAAACCCUGAUCUAAAAUUAUGGGAGAUUGGACGGAUUAUUGGUGGAAUGUGGAGAGACUUACCUCAAACUGAGAAGUAUGCAUUUGUCGAUGAAUAUGAAGCUGAGAAGUCGGAGUACGAGAAAACCUUGAAGGCAUAUCACAACUCACCAACCUAUCUUGCAUACAUUGCUGCCAAGAACAAAGCUGUUGUUGGAGCCUUGGAAGAAGAAAGCUCAAGUAAGAAAGGCAGCUCACAAAAAGAACAGCAGGACAGAAGAAUUGAUAUACAGCCUGCUGAAGAUGAAGAAGAUCAAGACGAAGGUCUAUCAGUGAAGCACGUGUCGUACGCGCGUUAUUUGAGGAACCACCGCCUCAUCAACGAGAUAUUCUCCGAUACAGUUGUACCGGAUGUGAGAUCUGUUGUUACUACCGCAAGGAUGCAGAUUCUGAAGAAACAAGUUCAAUCGCUCACAAUGCAUCAGAAGAAACUGGAAGACGAGUUGCAACAGAUUGAGGAGAAGUUUGAAGCGAAAAAACGCAAGUUUAUUGAGAGCAGCGAAGCUUUCCAGGAGGAACUUAAGAAGCAUUGCAAACCAGCAGUUGAUGAAGAGACUUUCACUCGAAUGGUUGAGAGAGCCCUUGAGCAGAUGAGACGUGGCGUUAAUCCAGCUCAUACUACUGUCAGAGACAGAAAGGAUGAGCCUGCCAAUGAACCAAGUCAACAGCCGAUAAAAACAGAAACAAACGGACCAAAUGCGCCAACGCAAGUUGACAAAGUCUCCACCAGUGAAGUGAAAAUGGACGAGAAUAUGACCACAGAGCUGCAAAAACCUGAAAAUAAAGAGGCUAUACCGGAUAGUACACCGGGGCACGAAAAUGAGGGUGAGCGCAAAGAAGAGAAGUCUCAUGAAAUGAAGAUGGAAACUAAAGAUGCGCCUGCGCAUCCGCCACCUCAAGCGCAUAUAGCCCCGCCCAAUGCAGGUAUGAUGAUGCCACCAAACCCUAAUGCGCCUGCGCAUCAACCACCUCAUGGAGGUCCACCUCCACCACCAGGUGGCUACGGUGGUGCAUACGGUGGACGAUAUUACCCGGGUUACGCGGGUGGAUACCCGGCCGGAUAUCCGCAUUAUUACCCACCCGGACCGGAACAUUACCCGCCGCACCACGCGCAUCCGCAUCCUCAUCAUGAGAUCAAGCCGGCUGAAGAGCCACCUGUCAAGAAGGAGAAUGAAUGA